AUGUCGGGCUACGCUGCUGGCGGAGGCCAAGGCCACUAUGACGAUAGCUAUGCCAAUCAAGGUCAUGGUGACUCCUACUACCAGGACGAACAUGCCCAAGCAGGGUAUUACGACAACCAAGGAUACAGCCAGGGUGAUGGUUACUAUGACCAAGCUAAUGGCAGCCAUGGUUACUACGGAGCUGAAGGCGGCCACGCCGCCGAGGGCGCCGCACAAGGUCAAGGCUACGCCGAGGGAGGUUACUAUGAGGCCGGUCACAACGAGGCCGGCCACCAGGACCAGUACUACGGCGAACAGUAUUACGACCAAGGACAAGGUGAAUACGGGCGCGGUCGACGUGGCAAUGAUUCAGAGGAGGACUCAGAGACAUUCAGCGAUUUCACAAUGAGGUCAGAGACUGCUCGUGCCGCGGACAUGGAUUACUAUGGCCGUGGAGACGAACGGUACAACAGCUACACAGACAGCCAGUACGGUGGUCGGGGCGGCUACGGUGGUUAUCGUCCACCCUCAUCUCAGAUCUCCUACGGCGCCAACCGAUCAUCCGGUGCUUCAACCCCCGUGUACGGAAUGGACUACGGCAACGCUCUUCCCGCUGGGCAGCGCUCGCGUGAGCCAUACCCUGCCUGGUCCUCCGACGCUCAAAUCCCUCUGUCAAAGGAGGAGCUUGAGGAUAUCUUUUUGGAUCUAGUCAACAAGUUUGGUUUCCAGCGUGACAGCAUGCGAAACAUGUACGACCAUAUGAUGACUAUGCUGGACUCCCGUGCAUCUCGUAUGACUCCAAACCAGGCCCUUCUCUCAAUCCAUGCCGACUACAUCGGUGGCCAAAACGCCAAUUAUCGCCGGUGGUACUUUGCUGCCCACCUUGAUCUCGACGAUGCGGUGGGUUUCGCCAACAUGAAGCUCGGAAAGGCGGACCGCAAGACACGGAAAGCUCGCAAGGCCGCAGCCAAGGCCGCCAAGCAGAAUCCCGAGAAUGAAGAGGAAACACUCGAGGCCUUGGAGGGUGACAACAGUCUGGAAGCCGCGGAAUACCGGUGGAAGUCACGCAUGAACCGCAUGUCUCAGCAUGACCGCGCCCGCCAGAUUGCCCUGUACCUCUUGAUUUGGGGUGAGGCCAACCAAGUUCGUUUCUUGCCAGAAUGUAUUUGCUUCAUCUUCAAGUGUGCCGAUGACUAUUACGCCUCCCCCGAGUGCCAAGCUCGCGUCGAACCGGUUGAGGAAUUCACGUACUUGAACGAGAUUAUCACGCCUCUCUACCACUACUGCCGCGACCAGGGAUAUGAGAUCAUGGACGGCAAAUAUGUGCGCCGCGAGAAUGAUCACAACAAGAUCAUCGGUUACGAUGACAUGAACCAGCUGUUCUGGUACCCCGAGGGUAUCGAACGCAUCAGCUUUGAGGACAAGACCCGCCUGGUAGAUGUCCCCAUCGGUGAGAGAUGGCCCAAGUUGAAGGAUGUGGUCUGGAACAAGGCCUUCUUCAAGACCUACAAGGAAACUCGUUCCUGGUUCCACAUGAUUACCAACUUCAACCGUAUUUGGGUUAUUCACCUGGGUUCAUUCUGGUUCUUCACUGCUUACAAUGCCCCUACUCUGUACACUAUCAACUAUCAACAACAGGUUGACAACAAACCGUCAACGCCCAAAUACCUGGCUGCUGUUGGUUUCGGUGGUGCUCUCGUCUCGUUCAUUCAAAUUCUCGCCACUAUUUUCGAAUGGGUCUAUGUUCCUCGUGGAUGGGCUGGCGCUCAGCACCUGCGCAAGCGUUUCAUGUUCCUGAUCGGUGUAUUCAUCAUCAACCUUGCACCUGGUAUCGUCAUCUUCGGCAUCUUGCCUGGGUUGAAAUUGAAGGCCAGCCUCGAAAACGGCGUUGGACUUGCCCUCGGUAUUGUCCACUUUGUUCUCGCGAUCUUCACCGCUGCAUUUUUCGCUAUCCAACCGCUCGGAGCUCUUUUCGGAAACUACAUGAAGAAGAACGGACGCAAAUAUGUCGCCAGUCAAACUUUCACAGCCAGUUUCCCCCGGCUUGCUGGCAAUGACAUGUGGAUGUCCUACGGUCUCUGGGUUUGUGUUUUCGGUGCCAAGUUGGCCGAGUCAUACUUCUUCUUGACUCUGUCAUUCAAGGAUCCUAUUCGAAUUCUGUCUCCAAUGCAGAUCCACCAGUGUACUGGUGCGAAAUACAUUGGUAACGCUGUUUGCCACCGUCAGCCCCAGAUCUUGUUGGGUCUGAUGGCCUUUAUGGAUCUGACACUCUUCUUCCUCGACAGUUACCUCUGGUAUAUUAUCUGUAACACCAUCUUCUCUGUCGCAAGAUCGUUCUACCUUGGUGUGUCGAUUUGGUCUCCAUGGAGAAACAUUUUCUCUCGUCUUCCCAAGCGUAUCUACUCCAAGGUGCUCGCUACCACCGACAUGGAGAUCAAGUACAAACCCAAGGUUUUGAUCUCUCAGGUCUGGAACGCCAUCAUCAUCUCCAUGUACCGUGAGCAUCUCCUGGCUAUCGACCACGUGCAGAAGUUGUUGUAUCACCAGGUUCCUUCUGAGCAAGAGGGCAAGCGCACUCUCCGCGCCCCAACUUUCUUCGUGUCCCAGGAAGAUCAGUCUUUCAAGACCGAGUUCUUCCCCCAGGGAAGCGAGGCGGAGCGCCGUAUCUCUUUCUUCGCGCAGUCUCUGUCUACCCCUAUGCCCGAGCCGCUGCCCGUUGACAACAUGCCCACCUUCACAGUUCUGAUUCCUCACUACAGCGAAAAGAUCCUGCUCUCCCUGCGUGAGAUUAUUCGUGAAGAUGAACCCUACUCGCGUGUUACCCUGCUCGAAUACCUUAAGCAACUGCACCCUCACGAGUGGGACUGUUUCGUCAAGGACACCAAGAUUCUCGCCGAUGAGACCUCGCAGUUCAACGGCGACUACGAAAAGCCCGAGAAGGAUGCCGCGAAGAGCAAGAUCGAUGAUCUUCCCUUCUACUGCAUUGGUUUCAAGUCUGCCGCCCCCGAGUACACCCUCCGCACCAGAAUUUGGGCUUCGCUCCGCUCUCAAACUUUGUACAGAACUGUCUCUGGUUUCAUGAACUACAGCCGUGCCAUCAAGCUCCUUUACCGUGUUGAGAACCCGGAGGUCGUUCAAAUGUUCGGUGGUAACUCCGAAAAGCUCGAGCGUGAGCUUGAGCGCAUGGCUCGCCGAAAGUUCCGCAUCUGUGUCUCCAUGCAGCGUUACGCCAAGUUCAACAAGGACGAACGUGAGAACACCGAGUUCUUGCUGCGCGCGUACCCGGACCUGCAGAUUGCUUACCUGGAUGAGGAGCCUCCCGUCAACGAGGGCGACGAGCCCCGCCUGUACUCUGCUCUGAUUGAUGGUCACUGUGAACUUCUCGAGAACAACAUGCGCAAGCCCAAGUUCAGAAUUCAGCUCUCCGGCAACCCCAUUCUUGGAGAUGGAAAGUCCGAUAACCAGAACCAUGCUAUCAUCUUCUACCGUGGUGAAUACAUCCAGCUCAUUGACGCCAAUCAGGACAACUACCUUGAAGAGUGCUUGAAGAUUCGCAGUGUCUUGGCCGAGUUCGAAGAAUUGACCACCGAUAACGUUUCCCCUUACACUCCUGGAGUUGUCUCGCCUGAAGAGAACCCCGUUGCGAUUCUCGGUGCCCGUGAAUACAUUUUCUCUGAGAACGUCGGUGUCCUCGGUGAUGUUGCUGCCUCCAAGGAACAGACAUUCGGUACUCUGUUCGCCCGUACUCUCUCCCAAGUUGGCGGUAAGCUGCACUAUGGUCACCCCGAUUUCCUGAAUGCCACCUUCAUGACCACUCGUGGUGGUGUUUCCAAGGCUCAAAAGGGCCUGCAUCUGAACGAGGAUAUUUAUGCCGGUAUGAACGCCAUCCUUCGUGGUGGUCGCAUCAAGCACUGCGAAUACUACCAGUGUGGAAAGGGUCGUGAUCUUGGUUUCGGAUCCAUUUUGAACUUCACAACGAAGAUUGGUACUGGUAUGGGUGAACAGAUGUUGUCUCGUGAAUACUACUAUCUCGGAACUCAGCUUCCCCUCGAUCGCUUCCUGUCUUUCUACUAUGCUCACCCUGGUUUCCAUCUUAACAACAUGUUCAUUAUGCUUUCGGUUCAGAUGUUCAUGGUCGUCCUGAUUAACCUUGGUGCUUUGAAGCACGAGACAAUCACUUGCAAGUACAAUUCCGAUCUACCCAUCACCGAUCCUCUUGUCCCGACUCUGUGUGCCAACCUGACUCCCAUCCUCGACUGGGUCAACCGUUGUGUUAUCUCCAUUUUCAUCGUGUUCUUCAUUUCAUGGGUUCCACUUGCUGUCCAGGAAUUGACAGAGCGCGGAGUUUGGCGCAUGGCUACCCGUCUGGCCAAGCACUUUGGCUCGCUAUCCUUCAUGUUUGAGGUGUUCGUCUGUCAGAUCUACGCCAAUGCUGUGCAUCAGAACUUAUCAUUUGGAGGUGCCCGCUACAUUGGUACUGGCCGUGGUUUCGCAACUGCCCGUAUUCCCUUCGGCGUUCUCUACUCCAGAUUUGCUGGCCCCUCGAUCUACGUUGGUGCUCGUCUCCUGCUGAUGCUGUUGUUCUCAACCACAACCGUCUGGACCCCUGCCCUUAUCUGGUUCUGGGUCUCCCUGCUCGCGCUGUGCAUCUCUCCUUUCUUGUUCAACCCUCAUCAAUUUGCGUGGAACGACUUCUUCAUCGAUUACCGCGACUACAUCCGCUGGCUCUCGCGCGGAAAUUCCCGGUCCCACGCUUCCUCUUGGAUCGGGUUCUGUCGUCUCUCGCGUACCCGUAUCACUGGAUACAAGCGCAAGCUUCUUGGUGUUCCCUCUGAGAAAGGCUCUGGCGAUAUUCCCAGAGCCCGCAUUACCAAUAUCUUCUUCAGCGAAAUCAUUUCCCCUCUGCUUGGAGUCGGCGCAACCUUGAUCCCGUAUCUCUACAUCAACUCCCGAACCAUGUUCUCCGAUGACGCCCAGUGGGCUGCCAACCCCAUCGCCCGUGUCGCCAUUGUUGCGUUCGCCCCAGUUGGUAUCAAUGCUGGUGUCGCCGGUAUGUUCUUCGGUAUGGCCUGUUGUAUGGGCCCUCUCUUCGGCAUGUGCUGCAAGAAGUUUGGUGCUGUUCUCGCCGCCAUUGCUCACGCAAUCGCCGUUAUUGCAUUCUUGAUCUUCUUCCUGGCCAUGUUCGUUCUGGAAUCCCUCAGCUGGCCUCGCACCAUCUCCGGCAUGAUUGCCGCCAUGGCCCUCCAACGCUUCAUCUACAAGCUGAUUAUUGCCCUCGCGUUGACUCGUGAGUUCAAGAACGACCAGUCGAACAUUGCCUGGUGGACUGGAAAAUGGUACAACAUGGGAUGGCACUCCCUUUCUCAGCCGGGACGUGAGUUCCUGUGUAAGAUUACCGAGCUCGGAUAUUUCGCGAACGACUUCUUCUUGGGUCAUAUCCUCUUGUUCGCCAUGCUUCCCGCCCUCGCAAUCCCCUAUGUCGACAAGUUCCACUCGGUCAUUCUGUUCUGGCUUCGCCCUAGCCGACAAAUCCGCCCUCCCAUCUAUUCUCUCAAGCAGUCCAAGCUUCGCAAGAGACGGGUGGUUCGCUUCGCUAUCCUCUACUUUGUCAUGCUUGUCAUCUUCGUGGUCAUUGUUGCUGCGCCGGUUGUUCUCCACAACACUGGCAUGUUGGACUCCUUCCUCAAGGAUACUCUCUGGAACACCAUUGGUGUGAAAAACACCAAGGCCAUCGGCCUUCUUCAACCCUUGGACCACGGGCUCAACGAUACCGUCGAUUGGUACACUGGAUCCAAUCUUCCCAAGGGCUAUACCUCUAGCGCAAUUCCAACUCCCGCUGCAGGAACUAACAAGUGGCUCCUCUAA